CAUCUUGUUAAUUGAGGUGUGUUUUUUUUGUCUCUAGUUGGACUUGCCUCUAGGUUUUCCAUUCUAUAAGUGGAUGCUGAGGCACGAGUCCUCCGUCAGCUCUCAUGACCUGGUCAACAUUGAUCCUGGUGUCGCCAAAUCCAUCCAGCACCUGGAGGACAUCAUCCGCCAGAAGAAGAGAAUAGAGCAGGACCGAUCACACACACGGGAGACCCUACAGCAGGCCUUGGAGAGUCUCAACAUGAACGGCUGCUCGGUGGAAGAUCUGGGCCUGGACUUCACUCUGCCUGGAUUCCCAAACAUCGAGUUGAAGAAAGGGGGCAAAGACGUGCCAGUCACCAUUCACAACCUGGAGGAAUACCUCAGAUUGGUGGUCUACUGGACACUCAAUGAGGGCGUCUCUCGGCAGUUUGAGUCGUUUAGGGAAGGAUUUGAGUCUGUCUUCCCUCUGCAUCACCUGCAGUACUUCUAUCCUGAAGAGGUUGUGUAG